AUUUGGUCAAAUAUAGAAGAAUACUUCGGUUUCUAGUCGGUUAAUAGAAAAUUUAACAAACGGAACCAAAAAGGACCCGACGGAGAAGCGAAGCAGUCAUUCUUCUGCAAAGCCAAAACUGAAGAACCCUUGGGUCUUCUUCGGCGUUGAUCCGUCUCUCAGUCUCUGUCGCCUGGAAGUUGGAACAGUUAAAAUGGCCAAGUCUUGUAAGGGUCUUGCUGAGGAGCUUGUCAAGUGUCUCAGUGAAUCGACGUGUGUCAAGGACGAGAAACGGUCAAUUAGGGACUGCGCUGGUGAGAAAAGCCCAUGUAUACCGAGUGAAUGUGUUGGCCUACGCGAAACCUACUUCAAUUGUAAAAGAGGACAGGUAGACAUGAGAGCAAGGAUUCGAGGAAACAAAGGCUACUAACACAAGAGACAUAUACUGAGCACCUGCUUGUUCAAUACUGCGUUUUCACUUUGUUACUUUUGUCUUCUUUUGAUCAAUUCCUUUGGUUUCUGAACGAUACUAAAGGGGACACAGUGCAGGGUCUUACAAUACUUGCCAUGUCAAUAUAUCAAGUUAGGCUUGUUCCUAUCCUCAAACUUUAUUUCUUUUUCUUUAUAAAAGGUGUAUUACAUUUACAAUGGACCUGAUGCACUUGAAUGUCUUCAUGUAGCUUAAAGAAAGAGUAACAAUGCAA